AUGAUGGAUCUCACAGAAGAGUUACCCCAGGAACUGGUGGAGAAAAUCAUAUCCUUCCUCAAUGUAAAGGAUAUUGGAAGGUUUUCUAAAGUAUCUGUUAGUUGGAGAGAGGCAGCAAAUAAAGAUUCUAUAUGGUUACAUGAGUGUAUGAUAAAAGGAUGGCUGAGGUAUGGAGUCAACAAUGAAAUCAUCAAAGCAUGCUCACUGCCACAGAAAGAUACUAAUGUCUCUCUUACCUCACCUAUCUUCAAAUUGUUCAUUCCAGAGGAUACUAGAUUAUCUCCCCUGUGUAAAUGGAAAGACAUAUUUUUACGAGUACAACACUUGUCAAAAAACUGGGCUAAAGGACGUUACACAGUUGGCCCCAUUCUACGAGGUCAUAAACAAAAAGUGUCUGCAAUUGCCUGUAAUGGUACAAGUAUUGUGAGCGGGAGUGAUGAUAAACUAUUCAUAGUCUGGGAUCUAGCCACAUGUACAGAAGUGAAAACUCUUCACAUGCAUUCUGAUAGCAUCAAUGCACUUGUACUCAGGGGUAACACAGCCAUCACUGGCUGUUCGGACAGUGCUAUACGUGUUAUUGAUAUAGUUAGUGGUCAGGUCAUCUUUACGCUGAUGGGACAUGCAGGAAGUGUUGAACACUUAGGCAUUGUGGGUAAUAGUUACCUGAUCAGUGCUGCUACCGACAAGACGGUAAGAGUGUGGUCUCUACCCGAUCGACAAUUGAAGUGUGUCUUCAAGGAUCAUACAGAUGAAAUUGAGUGUUUGUGUUGCCAUGGUAACUAUGUUCUCACCGGGUCCUGGGAUAAAACCAUGUUUAUGUGGGACAUAAUAAAAGAGAAACAGCUCCAUAAGUUUGAAGGACAUGAAGAAGUUGUCAGUUGUUGUCAGUUUGAUGACAAAAUAACCGUUAGUGGUAGUGCUGAUUGUACUCUUAGAAUUUGGAGUACAGAAACAGGGGAGUGCAGCCAUACAUUAGAAGGGCAUUCUGGAGAAGUGUACUGCUUGGUAUAUAAUAAGGAGCUGAUCGCCUCAGGGUCCCAAGAUAGUACCAUCCGCCUGUGGUCUCACUCAGGGAAAUGUCUACAUGUGCUAACAGGUCAUUUGGGUGUUGUACGAUGCCUCCAUAUCAAUGGUCAGCGAUUGGUCAGUGGAGGUGACCAGAAAAAAAUUGCUAUCUGGGACUACAGGACUGGAAAACUGUUGAAUAUGGUGCAUAGAAACCCUACCCGCCUACAUUUGAUGUGGGUCAGUGAAACCAAACUGGUUACAGCCUCUCCUGAACAACCUGGAACAAUCACUGUGAUGAGCUACUGGUGA